AUGCCCGCAGCUCGCGACCAUAUUGACAGGGAAAAAGUGCCUGUUUCACCUAAAUUCGUGCAUUCUGCCCCGAUUCCGCUAGAACCAGACUCUGACCCUGAUUUUAAUCCUGGGGCUUAUGUAUGUGAGCCUCCAAAGAAGGGGCGAAAGUCGCGGAAAACUGCUAGUCCGAAGGGGCAUAACCUACCGAGAGACGCCCUUGACAGCACAGGAACCGAAAAAAGGACCAGAAAGCAAACUACUCAACGGCAUGGUUCUACUUCGCAGAACCCGUUAUUGGAAUAUUUCGGUGAACUUGUGAAUGACUUGGGUUUGGAGUUAGCUUCAGAAGACGAGGGCAAGAAGGACGAUGAGCUCGACGACCCCGAUGUUUUUGCAGAUAACGAGGAAGAUGAAGAGCAAGUGGAAGAGCAAGAAGGAGAGGAAGCGCAUGGUCUCAAGACAUACACUGCUCUCAUCAGGGAGUCCCAGUCACAGGCGCAGUCAGCGGCAGAAGACUCCGCUACAGAAUCAGAGACAGAACCAGACGACGAUACACCUAUCGCGCCCGCCACUUCCAGUCUGCUGAAGCGGAAAUCCACAACGCCACCCAGCGGAGCUCCAAGGCCGCCUUCGAAGAAGGCCAAGACUGAGAGCCCAGACGAUUCCGUUACAGAGCCCGAGUCGGACGAAGACCCCAAUGCCUCUGUGGCUAGGUUCAAAUCUCGAGAAGAUAAACCUGUUGGCAAGAGAUCACCCUCUGACUCAGUGACUGAAUCUGAGACCGAGUCUGAGUCUGAGGCCGAACUGUCGGAUUCUGAAGACAUGCUUAACGGAAAGGAAUCACAUACGCUCCAUCCUAGGCCAACUUUUCCGUUGAAACCUAAGCAGAAACUUCUUGGGCCACUUGUUCUCGACAGUUCUCAUGAGGUUCCUGCUCGUAUCAACACAUUCCUCAGAGAGUAUCAACGCGGUGGCGUGCGCUUCUUUUGGGAGCGCUACGCUGAUGAUAAGGGCGGAAAAACAAUACAAGUGAUCUCGUUCCUCUCUGCCAUCAUGCAGAAGCAUGGCGAUGAGCGCGAUAUCGAGCGACGCCGUAAACAUGUCUCAGACGUCCAGGACAUAAGCAAGGACUGGAAGGAGCGCAGAAUACUCCCUCCUGCGAAUGCGACAUGGCCCACUUGUUUGAUUAUUGCCCCCAGCAGCGUGGUGGGGAAUUGGGAGAGGGAGUUUGAGACGUGGGGCUACUUCGAAGUUGGGAUGUAUGUUGGUACACCCUCAGCGAGAGCAGAUGUCCUGAACGACUUCAGAAUGGGAAGACUGGACGUAGUUCUGACAUCCUUCGAUGUGGCUCGGCGAGACAUAGAACUCCUUGACGAGCUGGCUUGGUCAUGUGUCAUCAUUGACGAGGUUCAUCGUGUGAAAAACCCAAAUUCGAAGAUCACAAAGGCAUUCAGCCAGUUCGAAUGUUCGAUCCGGUUUGGACUUACCGGAACGGCGAUUCAGAACUCGUAUUUGGAGCUAUGGAACAUUUUGAAUUGGACAAAUCCCGGCUUGGUGGGCACCAAAGGCCAAUGGGAAGGAUACGUCGUGAAACCUCUGACGGUCGGCCAGAGCAAGACUGCCUCGGACGAGGAGCACAUGAAGGCUGCCCUUGUUGCAAAAAUACUGAAGGAGAAGCUGCUACCGAAAUUUUUCCUUCGAAGGACCAAAUUUAUCAUCAAAGAUCAGCUUCCAAAGAAGAUAGAUGAAGUGGUAUUCUGUCCAUUAACUACGAAACAGACCGAAGUAUAUAAACGGAUCAUCAAUAUGGAAACCGUACAGAACCUCAUACGGAAGGACGAGCCCUGUGACUGCGGUUCGAGAGAAUCGCGGAAAAGGUGCUGUCACCCGUUUGACAAGGGUGACUUAUUCAAGUAUAUGUCAACUCUGAUCAAGGUCUCCAACCAUCUCGCUCUGAUCUUGCCCUCUCCGACGGAUACCGCCGAACAGACUGCUCGAAAUCGAGAGUUGGCCCGGGUUGCAUUCCAGGGCGAAGCUGUACCAAAGUACGGCCCUGCAAUACUGACCCCACGCUUCUGCGGAAAAUGGAUGGUAUUGGAGACAUUGCUGGAGGAAUGGAAGAAAGACUCAACUAAUAAAGUCUUAAUUUUCACGAAGUCAGUCAAAUUACUGGAAAUGCUGGAGUUCCACCUUGGGUCUCUUAGCCUGGGCUUUGUAAAGCUAGACGGUUCUACAAAGCAGUCUGAACGUAUGUCGAUAAUCGACAAGUUCCACGAAGACCCAGACAUCGUUAUUUUCUUGAUAUCCACGCUUGCGGGAGGAACCGGCCUUAACUUGACUGGAGCGAACAAAGUGGUUAUCUUUGAUCCCAACUGGAAUCCUGCGCAUGAUUUGCAAGCAAUGGACCGUGCCUAUCGCUUUGGCCAGACCAGGGAUGUUUCUGUGUAUCGGUUGUUGGGUGCAGGUUCCAUUGAGGAGUUAAUAUACGCGCGCCAAGUCUACAAACAGCAACAGAUGCUGGUCGGAUAUAAUGCGAGUUUACAGACCAGAUAUUUCGAAGGUGUUCAAGGUGAGAAAAACAAGCAGGGUGAACUGUUUGGGAUGAAGAACAUCUUCAAAUUGCAUGAGCAUACAUCGACCACGAAGAUGGCGAUUGAACGAGCGAGCCUUGUGGAUCUUGAUUGGGCUUUGGCACACUUAGACGCAAAGAAGAAGAGAAAAUCAAGCCCUUCGGCCUCGCAAUGGGUGUACGAGGCGGAGGCAAAAGGCGGCAAAGAAUAUGGAGAUCUUAGUGGUCUCGGUGCAUUACUUCUGGACGAUAGUACGCCGAAGCUCGAUGACCAAAAUUCAGAUAUCCAGAAGACACUGAACGACAUCGGCAUCAACUACACUCACCGAAACGAGGAUCUUAUCGCUGAGAGCGCCAUUGAAGGACAACGACUACAAGCAAUGAUUGAGGAGAAGAAGAAGGCUAAGAAGAAAGCAAACAUUCAACAGAAAGAGGCGGCGGACAAAUCUCCGGAGCCCGAGUGGCCACCAAAGCGGAAGCAUCACAAGCCUCCACUCACUCCUCGGGACAAGUUGUUUGCACGCCAGUUGGCCUUGAUUCAAUUAGGCAUGAUUAAGACUGCUUCUGAUCUUUCUGGGUUCGCUCAGCAAUUUGCCAGGAAGACGCCGGAAGAACAGAACGAUAUAUUAGCUCAGUUGGAUGCACAUGCGAAGAAACACCACAUCUAG